AAAAAGCCAAAAGGGGAAAAACCAAGCAAAGGGAAACAAGUGGGGGGAAAAAGCAGCCGGAGAAACCCCAAAACGGCGCUGGAAACGGCCAAGAAAUACCCAAAAAGGAGGAGAAAAUCCCAGCGCUGCAAGGAGGAGAGGACACGGUGGGCGCAAUGGCUUUCUUCCUCAAACCCCGGCCGUGCACGUGGGACUUGGCUGUGGACUACAACGCAGCGAAACAGUUUCAAGUGGAUGUCACCCUGGAUCCCACCACGGCCGGCCCCGAGGUGAUCCUCUCCGAGGACCUCAAGGAGGCCACCUGGGGCAGACCGGGACGCCGCUGGCCGCAGGGCCCGGGCCGUUUCGACACGGAUCCGUGCAUGUUGGGCAGCCAGGGCUUCACCUCGGGUCGCCACUACUGGGAGGUGGAGGCGAGCGGGCGCUUCUGGACCGUGGGGGUGGCUCGGGAAUCGGUGCGGAGGGAAGGCCGGAUCCUCUUCAAGCCCAACGCCGAGAUCUGGGGCUUGCAGAAGUACGACGAGCUCUGCGUGGCCCUCACGGCACCCUCCAACACCUUCGUCCCGCUCCGCAGCGGGGAGAUCGGGGUCUACUUGGACUACGAGGUGGGGCAGGUCUCCUUUUACGCACUGGGCACCCGCUGCUGCGUCUUCACCUUCCGCGUGGCCUCCUUCAGCGGCGAGAGGGUCUUCCCCUACUUCUGCGUGCUGCUCUCCACCAUCAAACUGCCCCCCAGGGCCUGACGAGGCGGCGACGGGGUCCCCCCGAAACCCUUCGGGUGCUUCCAGGAGGAACGGAGACGCCCCUCGCCGCCCCUCGCCUCAUGUUAUUGUUAUGAUUUGGGUUUUGUUUCCGUCAGGGGUUGGGGUGAUUCCCACCAUCUGUAGCUCACGGGUCUUCCUCACCUCGUUUCAUUUCAUUUUUAUUCAUUUUUAUUCCUUUUUAUUAUUUAUUUACAUUUAUUUUUAUUUUUUUCUUCAGGGUCUGGGGUGAUAUCCACCGCCCAUAGCUCACGGGUCUGCCUCGCCUCAUUUUAUUUUUAUUUAUGUUUAUGUUUAUUUAUGUUUGUUUAUUCAUUUUUAUUCAAUUUUAUUCAUUUUAUUCAUUUUUAUUAUUUAUUUUCAUUUAUUUUCAAUUAUUUUUAUUUUUUUCUUCAGGAUUUGGGGUGAUUUCCACUGCCUGUAGCUCAUGGGUCUACUAGAUUUCAUUUCUAUUAUUAUUUUUACUUUUAUUUUUUUUUACUUUGUUUACUUUUAUUUUAUUUUUAUAUUCAUUUUAUGGUACUUUUAUUUCUCCUUCAGGAUUUGGGGUGAUUUCCACCACCUGCCUCAGGCUCCGAUGUCUCUGUUAUGGGUUAAAUCUGGGAGGUUUUGGGUCUCGUGGUGGUUUGAGCCAGAACCCCCAGUCUCAGCUGAAAGUUGCUGGUUUUAGGGUUAUUAAAAGCAUGUUAAUAGUUUAACGAGCUGAAAUCUUUGUUUUUUCCCCAAACCCAUGCUGACUUUCCACCCUGAUUAAACUCCCAAAUUUCAGCAGAAUUCUCUUGAAUGCUGUUGUCGUAAUUUCCUAAUUUCAGCAGAAUUUGCUUGAAUACCGCCUGCAGCUACCUGAUAACAGAACUGAGUUUUAAAUGAAAUUGUUUAAAAUCAGCUUUUUUCACAGGAAUUUGCCAUCCCUCCCCUUCCCUUCUCUGUUUGCCCCACUGUCGUUUAUUUGAGCAAUUAAUGUGCCAUUAUCACUGGCUUCAGACCAAAAUUAACAGGUUUUAUUGUUAUAAGGAGGAGAGGUGCGAGGGUGAAUACGUUUGGGGUGGGAUUUAAUGGAAAAAAAAUGGGGAAAAAAAAAAAAGUCCUUAAAAUGCCUUUCACAAAAUGGCGGCCGGGACCUCCCCUCAGAGCCGCCUCAGAGGUGGCGGGUUUCGUUCCGGCCGCUGAUUGGCUGGCUGCCUCCGUUGCCCCGCCCUUGCCGGCUGCUGAUUGGCUCCCGCUGCGAGGUUCUCUCUCCUCCCCUGGUUGCUGUCGUUGUGUUGGGAGACAGGGAAAAAUUCGCUUUUUUUGGUCGUUUUUUGCCUUUUUUCGGCCUUUUUUCUACCUUUUUACGCGCGUUCUCGCAGCGCUGCACGCGGGCGAGCGCUUGGAGCUGCUGUCACCGCUCCCUUCCUCUGCUCUGCGCCGCGAUGGAGGCAGCGGGACCAGCGGGCCCGGGAUGGCGGCAGGGGCCGGGGUCGCGGCAGGGCCCGGCGGCACACGGUCCUUCCUCCUCUGCAGCACCCCUUGUUGCCUGCCCCUGGCUGCUACUUUCCCAGCCACAAGCUGCCCUCAGAGGACCCGUGGAGAUUUUGGCCCUUGGAGGCUACAGAGGGGAGGCUCCUGACAUAUGGCUGUGGC